CUGAUCUGCGGCCCUGGUGGGGAGCCGCUCCCGAAGCUCCGGCUUGGUCUGGAAGGGCCUCGCUGCCGUUUUCUAUGCAGCCGCCCGCUACCAGCGGGGAAGGGCGCUGACAGAUCAGAAGCGCCGACUCGGGGAAAACGGGACUCCCUCAGCUCCCGCCGGGAGAUCGGCGGACCCGACGAGGCGGCAGCCGGGGGCACUUCCAGACCGGCGCGCUCUCCGGAGCCGUUAGAGAGGCUCGCAUCUUGCCGCCGCCCCAUUAAACUCCUGCCCACGCGGACUCGCCUCGGUCUGUUCGGGCUGCUCGAGCGCCGACUGGCCUCAGGCGUGUUCCAAGCUCAGGGGCGUCUGAUUUCGAACCGAGGCGCCUUGGGAAGGGGGAGAACAUCGCUCGAGGAGAGGGCUUAAGCAAUGCGUCUGAGGGGUGAAUCUUGAUCCCCCGAUCCUACACAAGUACAUCAUCAGGGUAAUGGAUGCAAUUUUAGGGAGGGAAAAAAGUCCCCGAAACAGUCUCAGCGCAGAGUAAACCUGCUUGUUUUCCACCAAUAUCCAUGAGAAUUAAACGGAACCUGAAGGCCAAAGGCAAGACCCGUUUGCCUGGGGGUGCCCCGACUUUAUAAUGUGGAAGAAGGUCCCACUGAUUUCGAAGGCUUAAAUCUCGCUAGUGCACGCCUCACGCUUUCCAGAUGGCAAUGUCAACCUUAAGAGGCCGCCCGGGGCUUCGGAAAACCCUUCCAAGGACCGGGCGCUCUCGCAGGUCACCUCGCCCUCCUCGGGAACCGGUUUUCUGGGGCCAGCGCCCCGCAACAAACAGCUUUGCCGGGAGGCGCCCCACAAAAUCUGCGCCCAUUUCAGCCCUUCCUGGGAUGCUCCAUUCGGAGAGAAAUGCGGUCGGCCAGCGAGCUCCGCUGACCCGGCCCUCCCCCUCUGCCACACGUGCCCUUUUAUUUAAUCCUGCAUAGACUGCGAACGGAACACGAGGGUAGACGGCCCACUUCGGAUCAUUAACAGACAUUUAUUUUUUCAAGUAUGUCCAGAACACCCAGCGUCUCCCGCAGAUACCUCUGUUACACGGAUGUGACGCAAAGAAGGCAACAAUGCACCUAAUCGCUAACAAACACAAUUGGCGCUGACCGCCAGCUGCCUGGCUUCGGAAACUCGGUCCGGAAAACUGACAAACCCGGUCGUCAACGGGAUACCUCGUUGGUCUGCUAGCAAUCUAAGAAGACAACGUUUGCAUCCGAUCGAUUAAGACCCGUCAGAUGGCCCUUCCUGCUAUUUAAGUGUGCUGGAGGAGGAGGAGGAGGAGAGGAGGCUUCUCCUGGCAUUUGCGUUCAAGGAUCGGAGACUUCCUAACACUGGGCUGGCCAGCUGACCAGUGGAAAACUGUCCUGGCGGUUUCCAACGGCUAAGGGGCAGCGCCAGUUGAAGCCCCAUUCAGAAGCCAGAGGGUCCCCGCUUCCUUUCUCCAACAGCGAACCUCAUCUCCAGUUUGCUGGUCGAAGGAUGGCGGGCUUGUGACACCUGCAGUCCCGUUUGUGCCAGAAAGCGACUCUGACCGCGCCUUCCGAGUUCCGCGAAGUCUUUUCCUAGCGGCGCCGCCUUUAAGCGCCCUCUCCACCAUUCCCCAUGGAUGGGCGGCCUGGCUGGUCGUUCUGUGUCAUCAGCCCCCUACCUUUACUUUGUGUGUUUCUCUCUCUGCCGCCAAGAGAGGGAUUAAUUAACCGGGCUGGAGCUGAAAGAGGCUGCCGUGACGAGCCCAGUGGCGAUUGGCCGCCCGCCUGCCUGGCCCUGCCUUUAUAAUUUCCACACGAGUACAUCUGGGUUCUUACACAAACCGACAGCCAGCUUCUUCUGAUGCAUACACACACUGAGAGAGGGAAACACCGGCACUGCCCUUGCAAUCUAGCCACCCUACACACAUGGUUGCUGCUCCGGGAGAAGCUCAAAUAAAUAUAUAGCCAGAGGUGUAAUUCAAACUGUUGGGAGCCUUGCUAGAUCUGUUCAAACUUUUUUUAACUUUUUUUUUUAAACAGCAGAUCUCCAUGCCUUCCGCUGCUCACUCUAAGAUCCUCUAACGGCACCCACUUGAGCACACUGAAGCAGGGCGUGUGUUUGAUAAGGACCCGAGAUCUGUCCAGAGCUAAACGGUCCGUCUAGCAGCAGCAAGAGAAAGCAUCUGGGCUGGAACGCAGCAGAGCCGCCGCCGCCGCCUAGCGCCUUGUAUAAGCUUCUGGUUACGUUUCCCAGCGUAAGGCAGUCCGAUUCUCCUCUGAAGUUGGCUCCAGCCUUAGCAGCCGCAUUGGAUCCCACAGCAUACUGCGAGACUCCGGUCUACAAUCCGGAUCUCUGUCCCAACAUGAUCGCAGCCCAGGCCAAGCUGGUUUACCACCUCAAUAAAUACUACAAUGAGAAAUGCCAAGCCAGGAAAGCGGCCAUCGCGAAGACUAUCCGAGAAGUCUGCAAAGUGGUCUCGGACGUGCUAAAGGAAGUGGAAGUGCAGGAGCCCCGCUUCAUCAGCUCCUUGAACGAAAUGGACAACCGCUACGAGGGCCUGGAAGUCAUUUCGCCCACCGAGUUCGAAGUGGUCCUCUACCUGAACCAGAUGGGCGUUUUUAACUUCGUGGACGACGGCUCGCUGCCCGGCUGCGCGGUACUCAAGUUGAGCGACGGGCGCAAGAGAAGCAUGUCCCUCUGGGUGGAGUUCAUCACGGCCUCGGGUUACCUCUCAGCCCGCAAAAUCCGCUCCCGGUUUCAGACGCUGGUGGCCCAAGCCGUGGACAAAUGCAGCUACCGAGAUGUCGUGAAAAUGGUGGCGGACACCAGCGAGGUGAAGCUGCGGAUCCGGGAUAGGUACGUGGUGCAGAUCACGCCGGCGUUUAAGUGCACCGGGAUCUGGCCCAGAAGCGCGGCCCACUGGCCCCUGCCCCACAUUCCCUGGCCAGGGCCGAACCGCGUGGCUGAGGUCAAAGCCGAAGGCUUCAACCUCCUGUCCAAGGAGUGCCACUCGCUGGCAGGCAAACAGAGCUCGGCCGAGAGUGAUGCCUGGGUCUUGCAGUUUGCCGAGGCCGAGAACAGGCUACAAAUGGGCGGGUGCCGGAAGAAAUGCCUCUCGAUCCUCAAAACGCUGCGGGAUCGCCACCUGGAGCUACCCGGCCAGCCCCUGAAUAACUACCACAUGAAGACGCUGGUUUCCUACGAGUGCGAAAAGCACCCGCGGGAGUCGGACUGGGAUGAGUCUUGCCUGGGCGACCGCCUCAACGGGAUUUUACUGCAGCUCAUCUCCUGCCUUCAGUGCAGGCGGUGCCCGCAUUACUUCUUGCCUAACUUAGACCUCUUCCAAGGCAAACCGCACUCCGCCCUGGAAAACGCAGCCAAACAGACGUGGCGGCUGGCGAGGGAAAUACUCACCAACCCCAAAAGUUUGGAGAAACUUUAGGAGGCCGAGGCGACGCAGCCGUCAACUAUUCACGCCGCCUCCUUCUCUUCCGAGGAUUCUGUGGGGAAAACUCAGGUGCUGCCAGCCGACCACGCAAACGCCAGCCGGCCAGAAGGAAGAGGCGUCCCCGCAGGCGAAGCGCACCGCAAGGAUUACGACUUGCCCCCAACACGGUGCCCUCCUCCCGUUCGGAAAAACAACGCGAAGAGCGGGAUUCUCACCUGGGGAGAGCAAUGGCGGCUCCGCUUCAGCCUGCCUGCGACCAUCGCGGCACAGAAACCGGACCAGGGGAUUGUAUUAACCAGGCCAGUAUUUUUGCGUGAAGAAAUGCUGAUCUGGGGAGGCCACCCGAACAAAGAAAAGCAAACGAGCCUACCGCGGUUUUCUCCCUCUCCCCCCCCCC